GCACUAACAACUUCUAGUGUAGUUUAGCAUUUGGUCUGUGAUGUUUUUUGCUACAAGGAAAUGAAGAAAGAAGCGACUUUUUAUUUGGAACACUAACGCUGGGAAAACGACAAAGUGAGACAGCUUAACCGGAAGUAUGUUUUUCUGACUAAAAAAUAAAACUACAGACUUUCACUUAAAAUAAAUAAAUAAAAUAAAUAUUUUUUCAAUAAAUAAAAAAAUAUGAAAAUGUACUUCAUUCAAAACUUAAAUUUAUAAGUAAAAAAAUAAAAUCCCCAAAUGUUCACUUAAAAACAUUGUCUCCGGUAAAGAGGAUGUUACCGGAAGUGAUGGGUUACUUGUCGCUAGCAAAACAAGCGUCUUUAAAUAUAGCAGAUUAAACAAAAACGGUGGUAUAAAUACGCGUGAUAACACAGUUUGGCGGCUUUUAAUUCGCUUUUUUUCAACAAUUACUGUUUUUCGUGUUUGGACUUUCAUGGAAAACAGCUGCUUUCUGUCCGGAUAAUGGCGCUGAAUUCGCACGUAGCCGUUAAGUUUACAUCGGCUCCUGCUGCUGACAUAAGCGGGUCCCGCUGAAGACGACGGCGGCGGCGGCGGCGGCGGCGGCGGGGCAAAUCUAAGUCACAAGACUUCCUGGAGCUGAGCGGUUGUUGUCUUCUGUACAGGGUCCAGGUCCAUGGAGAACCCCGGGUAUCGAACCGGGAGCUUUGAUGCCCUCCAUCACCCCAGUGAUGAUGAUGACGACGAGAUGGUGGACAUCGCAGGUGCCACGCUGGACUUCUCCACCACAGACGACAUCCCUCCUCUGGGUUCAGCAGGGUUUGAGGACUACAGCAGCAGAAGAGCCAGUGCCAACGGGGUUGGCCCAAGAAAUUUAGUGGAUCCACUGGAAGAGCCGGUGCCCGGACUGGGAACAUAUGAAGACUUCAACACUAUAGACUGGGUCAGAGAGAAGAGCAAAGACCGGGACAGGCACAGAGAGAUCACCAAUAAGAGCAGAGAGUCCACUGUGGCGCUGCUGCACAGAAUUAGUGAUGCCUUCUCCGGAUGGCUGCUCAUGCUGCUUGUUGGACUCAUGGCAGGAGCUUUAGCCGGUGGGAUCGACAUCGCAGCACAUUGGAUGACCGACCUGAAAGGGGGGGUGUGUCUCGUCGGCUUCUGGUUCAACCACGAGCACUGCUGCUGGACGUAUAACGAAACAUUCCAGGAGCGGGACCGCUGUCCACAGUGGAAGAGCUGGUCUGAACUGAUCACAGGAACGUCAGAGGGUGCGUUUGCGUACAUAAUGGACUACCUGAUGUACCUAUUCUGGGCGUUGCUCUUCUCUUUCUUGGCGGUGACGCUGGUCAGAGCUUUUGCACCGUAUGCAUGUGGCUCAGGAAUACCAGAGAUUAAAACCAUCCUCAGUGGCUUCAUCAUUCGGGGUUACCUGGGGAAGUGGACGCUGAUCAUCAAGACCAUCACUCUGGUUUUAGCCGUCUCCUCUGGGCUUAGCUUGGGAAAGGAGGGCCCUCUGGUCCACGUGGCGUGUUGCUGUGCCAACAUCCUGUGUCACCUGUUCACCAAGUACCGCAAGAAUGAGGCCAAACGCCGCGAGGUUUUAUCAGCGGCUGCAGCAGUGGGAGUGUCUGUGGCGUUCGGCGCUCCUAUAGGAGGAGUCCUGUUCAGUUUAGAAGAGGUGAGUUAUUACUUCCCCUUGAAGACGCUGUGGCGUUCCUUCUUCGCCGCGCUGGUGGCAGCCUUCACUCUGCGCUCCAUCAACCCGUUCGGGAACAGCCGCUUAGUCUUGUUCUACGUGGAGUUUCACGCUCCCUGGCAUCUGGUGGAGCUGGCUCCUUUCAUCCUGCUGGGGAUAUUUGGAGGCCUCUGGGGGGCGCUGUUUAUCAGGGCUAACAUCGCCUGGUGCAGAAUACGGAAAACCACUCGGCUGGGUCACUAUCCCAUCAUCGAGGUGCUGCUCGUGGCUGCAUUAACUGCUCUGGUUUCAUACCCAAACAGCUACACGAGGAUGAGCGGCUCCGAGCUCAUCUCAGAGCUCUUCAACGACUGCUCUCUGCUGGACUCCUCUCAGCUGUGUGGCUACGAGCAGCCGGCAAACAUGUCAGAAACCGGAGUAGGAAACAGCCUCGCUGACCGGCCCGCCGGCCCAGAGCUCUACACGGCUCUGUGGCAGCUGGCUCUGGCGCUCAUCUUCAAGAUGAUGAUCACCGUCAUCACCUUUGGCAUGAAGGUUCCAUCGGGUCUCUUCAUCCCCAGCAUGGCUGUUGGCGCCAUCGCAGGCAGGCUGCUGGGCGUGGGUAUGGAGCAGCUGGCCUACUACAACCACGACUCGAUCAUCUUCAGGGGGUGGUGCUCCCCAGGAGCCGACUGCAUCACUCCAGGGCUUUACGCAAUGGUUGGAGCAGCUGCAUGUUUAGGGGGCGUCACCCGGAUGACGGUGUCCCUGGUCGUCAUCAUGUUCGAACUGACUGGUGGCCUAGAGUACAUCGUUCCUCUGAUGGCUGCCACCAUGACCAGCAAAUGGGUGGCCGACGCCUUUGGGAGAGAAGGAAUCUAUGAGGCUCACAUCAGGCUGAACGGAUACCCGUUUUUGGAGCCAAAGGAAGAGUUUGACCAUAACAGCCUGGCUGUGGAUGUGAUGAGGCCCCGGAGAGGAGACCCCGCGUUGGCAGUGCUAACUCAGGAGGGCAUGACCGUCGGGGAGGUGGAGAGCUUGAUCGAGAGCACUCACUUCAGUGGCUUCCCUGUGGUCCUUUCCCAGGAGUCCCAAAGGCUGGUGGGAUUUGUCCUCCGAAGGGACUUGCUCAUAUCCAUCGACAACGCCCGAAAGCGUCAGGACGGAGUCGUCAGCGCCUCCCAGGUGGUAUUUACUGAGCACCUCCCGUCUCUUCCUCCUGAUGCUCCGCCUCCACUGAACCUCAGAGGCAUCAUGGACCUCAGCCCCUUCACCGUUACAGACCACACCCCCAUCGACAUCACUGUGGAUAUCUUCAGGAAACUGGGUCUACGCCAGUGUCUAGUUACACAUAACGGGAAGCUGCUGGGAAUCAUCACCAAAAAGGACGUGCUCAAACACAUGGCACAGAUCGCCAACAGAGACCCCGACUCCAUCCUCUUCAACUGAGCAUCAUCCUGGUCAGAAGAAGAAACGAGCUUUACCUCAUCCAACCUCGUGAAAGCACAGACACUUGAUCUUCAUUUGCACAAAUGAACUACGGACAAAGGAAUUUGUCAGUAAUUUGGAGACAUUUUUGACUCCAUAAUGAAGCACCACUCCAAAAACAAAGCAAUGCAUAAACAGAGACGUGUUCAGGUUAUUGAAGGAAAGAAGCUUAAAUGAAGAGUAUUUCACAUUUUAUUUUGCCAUUUGUUUCCUUUUUUCCCUAAAGCUAUUUGAAUAGUUGUUGCCAUCAGCGAUCCAACCUUUAUUUAGCUUCUCCUGAACACUUGAGACUAACAGGAAGCAAGAGAAGAUGACAUGCUUCGACAAAGGGAAGGAGGAGAAAAUACAGAGCCCCCAAAGCAGGCCCUAGUGGCUCUGACGCAAAGGAUCCUGGGUAAGGUGGUCUGCACAAGUGUGCCAGGAGCAGUCUGGGAACUCCCCAUUCCUGCCUCGUCUUGUAGACGCUUAAAAAAAAGAAAAGAAGUCUGGGAACCGAGCCGUAUUUUUGGGCCGCUCAGACUGGCGGUAGUGAUCACUUUCCAGGAGUUUGUGGCUGCUGGAAGAAAGAAUCGCACAAAUUAUUUAUGUAAAUGUGAAAUUAUUUGUCUUAGUAAAUUAUUCCACCGGA